AACGCCGGAUUUUUCAACCAUAUCGCAACAUUCUGUGAACGUUUCCGGCAGUGUUUUUAUUCCUGAGGAAACCCCGUUCGAAUCGAGUAUAAUUAUUGUUUUUGGCUGUAAUUUGGCAGCUUGUUAAAAUGUCGAUGCAGCAGUUUUGUUUACGAUGGAACAACCAUCAACCAAAUUUUAUUUCUGUAUUUUCAAGUUUGUUGAACAAUGAAACCUUAGUAGAUGUAACGUUGGCUGCAGAAGGGAGACACCUUCAGGCGCAUAAAGUUGUACUGUCCGCGUGCAGUACAUAUUUUCAAUCAUUGUUUACUGUGAAUCCAUGCCAACAUCCAAUUGUAAUAUUAAAAGAUGUAAAAUUCUCUGAUUUAAAAAUCAUGGUUGACUUUAUGUACUAUGGAGAAGUGAACAUAUCACAGGAUCAGUUACCAUCAAUUAUAAAGACUGCAGAGAGUUUAAAAAUAAAAGGGCUUGCAGAAAUGCAUACUGCUUCUUUAACUAAAUGGCCAAGUAGUGAACCAGGGGGAGGAGAUCGUGGUGAAUCUUGUUCGCCCAGUCCAUCUCCAUUAUCUCCAUCUUUUAGAAGAAAGAGGCUAAGAAAAUCAUCUACAGGCUCAACAUCUGGGUCUGGUGAUAAACCAGAGGAAAUGAAUGAAAUCACAUUAGUUGCUACCAAUAUUGUAAAACCAGAACCAUUGAUAGUUUCACAAGAAAGCGGUGAGAGCCUAAGAAGACCAAUAAAUACCAGUACUGAAUCUCAAGGAAGCAUAGAUGAAGAUCAAAUAUCCAUUAUGAGCAACAUGGAGAACAGUUCUGCAACAACACCGGCACAAAGCGAUGGAUCACUCCAAGAUGUGAGUCAACAAUCAGGAGGAAACGUGGCACAGAGUUCACUUUCUUCACAACCACCUACACAUCAAGGAUUACAAUGGACUAUUAUGGAGCAUACAUAUCCACGUUUCGCUCUGUCCUCGUGUCAAACGAAUCUGUCGAUCCAAGCGUCAUCAGCUUUUACCACGCCCGAAAUAACAGCUUCCUCGGCAAUCAGCGAUCAGUACUCUGGUACCAGCACGACUGGUAGCAGUUGCGCCCUGACGAAUUAUCCGAACUCCUCCCACGGGACGUUGCAGCACGCAUCGUCAGGCGGGCCUUCACCGUCGACACAGUGUCCCAGUAACUGCCAGAGCCCUUGUGCCAGUCCGCAGACCGCAAUUAAGAGGAAACGAUCGACGAAUCCGCAGGCGGACGAGAACUUUAUCAGGGCGUUAGACGCAGUCCGUUACGGUGGUAUAGGGUUCUGUAAAGCGGCCAGGAUGUUCGGCGUGAACAAUCGAACACUUUGGCUCGAGUAUAAAAAACGUGGUUACCCGAACAACCGACCGAGCUUGAAGUCGAGGGUCAAGCAAGAAGUGAAUUCCUCGCCGCCCCCAGCCCAGUCGACGCAACCGGUCAAUUCGCAGAGCCCCACGCCGAUGGGACCUCCCACCACACCACACAGUACACACAAUACCCACAGCACGCAUACCAUGCUGACCACUCACAGUCCUCAUACGAUGUUAAGUGGUUACAUAGAUAGUAGGCAUACAGAUUAUGCGUUGCCCAGCACCACGAUGCCAAUCAAUUUACACGGCGUUAACUAUAACGCGAUGUGAACUGGCCACGACUCGACGCGCAUGGUUAAUUGUAUAGACGAGCUUCAGAAGUAUUAGGCAUUGGUGUAACUGGAUAAAGAACAGGGUGGUCCUUACAGAGUAUGGACUGUAUCCUUACAUCCCGUAGGGGAUGUAGAAUGUUUUAUUAAAAAUUUCCAAAUUUUUAAAUCUACCUUGGUACCUAAAGUGGAAUGGUGGUCCACCCUGUACAAAGUCGUAGUUACGCCAGUGGUAUUAGGUCUACGUGUCGUGAAGCCGAGUUAGCCGGUUAGAUACUCAUUGAUGACAUGGAAGAGAUGUCAACACUCUAAUGGUCACAAGUUUCAUGCAACCUUGGCAUUUACAGUUUUUAGUUCUCUUUUGUAACAAUCUUAACUAAUUGGAGUGAUCUUCCUAUUUUAUAUUUUUAUUUUGCGUAGACAUUGUAUCAUAGAAUGUAAUGAUAAUCAGUAUUUUAAUAUUUGAAUUUACUCAUUUCAUGGGUAUCUUAUUAACAAUAUUACUGUGAGUAUUGUUUGAAUGUGAAAUCGGAAAUGUAUUAAUAAGUGUAAAAUGUUAAAUGUCAGAAUGAGAGCAUGAAACGGACCGUUACAGCGUUAGCCGAGAAUACAUUUUCAAAUAUUUAUUUGAUCCCUGUAAGAAACUUGUAAUAUCAUAUAGAGAACUCGAGUUGAAGGGGGACAUCUAUACAUUACAAAACUUUAUACUUUAUAUUUUAUACUUCACAGAGGUUUUUUUUUUAUAGUAGAGUAAAUGAAAUCUAUGUAAAUGAGAAUGUUGUGUAGCUAAGAACUCUUGGACAAUUCUUAAUUCUAAUGUCAAGUGUACUGUUACACUGUAUUUAAAUAUGGUCCAGCUUUCUAAAUCCGAAUUAUCUUUCCUUUGUUUUCUGAAGAAUUUAAGGUAUAAUUUUUGGACAUAAAAUUUCAUGAGCGAGCUCUUAGCGUACAACAAAGCAUUUGUGUUGAUAGUGUCGUCCAAUACCGGAAGCUUCGGCAGACGGAUACGAGUUCCGGAACAGGUUCCUUUAGUUUAAACGGUAUCGUUUGAAAUGUGAAAUUAACGAUGUGAUAGAGAGCACACGGAGAUAACCGUGAACGAAUAUAUUUGCUUGUUUGUGAUUUCAAAUAUUUAUGAACGGAUUAUUGAACAUUUCUCCUUUUUUUAAUUUGUCGAUCUAUACGAGGGUCUGUAAAUUCUAAAGUUGGCGUAAUAAUCCUUCACGUGCACGAAGUGCCGCGAAAUAUUCUGCCAACUUUAGCGCGUAUACCAACGUCAUAUGAACUUUUGUACAUAGUAAAUAAAGUAGCGAUAUAGUUAAACGGAAAAAUGAAAAAUAUAUCGAUGUGUAUUUGCACAGCAAUUGAACUGUAACAACUUGUUUACGAGCAAGGUGAUCGAAGUCAAUACAUGUAUUACAAUCAAUUGUUCGGUAUCGAUAAGAAACAUUUUGUUCGUUAACGAAGGAAUAAUUUGUUUAAAUUAAUUACCGUUUAAAUUACUUUGUGUAACAUUUUAA